AUGCAAGUUUGGCAAAGUCUUCCCCUCGGCAAAAUGUUGGGGCGCCAGUUUCUUCGGCAGUUGUUGGAAUGCACGUUUCUACUGCAGAUGUUGGCAUGCAGGUUUCUUCAGCAGAUGUUGGAAUGCAAGUUUUUGGGAGUGCUUCAGCAGAUAUUGCGAUGCAAGUUUCUUCAGCAGACGUGGGAAUGCAAGUUUCUUCAGCAGAUGUUGGCAUGCAUGUUUCUUCAGCAGAUGUUGGAAGGCGCGUUUCUGGGAGUGCUUCAACAGGCGUUGGAAUGCAAGUUUCUUCAGGAAAUGUUGGAUUGCAAGUUUCUUCAGCAUAACAAGAUGUUGACAUGCAUGUUUCUUCAGCAGAGGUUGAAAUGCACGUUUUUGGGAGUGCUUCAACAGGCGUUGGAAUGCAAGUUUCUUCAGCAGAUGUUGGAUUGCAAGUUUCUUCAGCAGAACAAGAUGUUGGCAUGCAUGUUUCGUCAGCAGAUGUUGGAAUGCACGUUUCUGGGAGUGCUUCAACUGACGUGGGAAUGCAAGUUUCUUCAGCAUAUGUUGGAUUGCAAGUUUCUUCAGCAGAACAAGAUGCGGAGGUUGGAAUGCGAGUCUCUUCAGCUGGUAGUGCAACAACCUGCGCGCGAGUGA